AUGGAGAUGUUCCAUUCCGAUCACUUUGAAUUGCUGGGGGUCUCUGGGAAGUAUGAUUCUACAGAAGGUUUUCAUUUUGAAGAUCACGGGAAAGAAGAGAAACGGAAUUGUCUGAUUACAAAUGACGAUGAAAGCGAAGCAUCCAAGGGCAUUGCUUCCUUUUGUACUGGUGCCCUUGGGUUGAAUCAGGUGCAUGGCAAUACAGCUGAGAAAGAAGUUAUCUUCUCCAAAUUGCAUCAGGAGCAGCAGUUAAAAGAGUUGACAGGUUUUGCCUGUUUCAAUGAUCCCUACUUUGGCAUGGAAACCCCACCAUUCCAAUCGCGCGAGGAAGAGAUUACGAAGCUUGCCGAUGAUGUGGCUUUUGCAAAUUCAGAACUUAAUGAUGCAAAGAAAGAAAGGCCAUAUGCAGGAUCCCUUCAGAUUCUGAACAACUACAGGAGAAGGUUCAGAAAAUUAAAUGUUGAAAAGAUGGAUUUGCCAAGUUACCAGGGGUUCACUCUUAUAACUGGCCAUAAAUUAUCUACUGAUGCUAUUCUAAAGUUGGCUGCACAAAAUUUCAUUCAAAGUUCUUCCAAAGGUACUACCGAGUCCUUUGUGCUUAGCCAUCCUUAUGCAAGUUCAUUCGGUGGCUUGUGUGUAGAAGACACCAAAGACGUGAAACUUGUCCAGUAUCUUCUAGCUUCAGCUGAAUUAGUAGCCAAGAAGCAGUUCGAAUGUGCAGGUAAGCUCCUCCUUAGAUGUGAUAAGCUGAGUUCUGAUCAAGGAAAUACUAUUGAAAGGUUAGUGUAUUAUUUCUCUGGUGCACUUCAUGAGAGAAUUGAUCGUGAAACUGGAACAGUUACUCCUGAAGGAUUGGGGAAGAUGCAGUCGCUCGAUAUUCUAGACAUGAUGUCAGGACUCACAUCGGCCAAAAUUGCGAUGCAAAAAUCAGUACCCUUUGGUCAGGUUAGCCAGUUUGCAGGAACUCAAGGUGUAUUAGAUCAUGUAGCCGAUGCAACAAAAAUUCAUAUUGUCGAUCUUGAGAUAAGGACUGGGAUGCAUUACACAAUUUUGAUGCAAGCUCUAGCGACUAGGAGUCAAAAUCCCAUUGAAUAUCUUAAGGUAACGGCGAUAGGAACCAAAUCAAAGGCCAAAAUUGAGGAGACUGGAAGACAACUUGCAAGCUUUGCCCAGGCUUUGAAAUUGAAAUUCUCAAUUAACAUAAUCAUGGUUGCGGAUAUCAUGGAUCUUAAUGAGAACCUGUUUGAGAUAAAUGCUGAUGAAGCAGUUGCUGUCUGGGUAGAAUACUACUUCAUGUUCAUGAUUCGUAGGCAAGUUAUGCUGGAAUCGUUGAUGAAUGUUGUUAAAGCUAUUAAUCCUCUUGUGAUGAUUGUUACCGAAGUUGAGGGGAACCAUAAUUCUCCAGUUUUUGUGACCCGCUUCACUGAAGCUUUAUUUUUCUAUGGUGCUUUCUUUGAUUCCUUAGAAGACUGUCUAAAGCAUGACCCAAAGAAUAGAAUGCUCGUUGAAUCAGUAUACCUCAGUCAGGCAAUAAGGAACAUAGUAGCAACUGAAGGAGAAGAAAGGACAAUCCGACAGGUGGCAGUGAAUGUCUGGAAGGCAUUUUUUGCUCGUUUUGGGAUGGUUCAGGUAGAGUUAAGCAUGUCUUCCAUGUAUCAAGCGAAUUUGGUGCUGAAGAAUUUUGAAUGUGGGAGUUCCUGCACACUUAAUAAGGAUGGAAAAGGCCUAAUCAUCGGGUGGAAGGGAACCCCAAUUCAUUCACUUUCUGCUUGGAAGUUUGGAUGCGAUUCAAAGAAUGAAGAUCUGGACUUUGAUCUUUUGAAUCUGUCAUCAUCCUCCUAA